CGGAUCGUAUGGGUUCGUUGAGUCGCCACGCGUGCCCGUCCGUUGUUGCACAUCGACGUUAACCGCUUUCGGUGCUAUAGCGCGUUCCUCCGCGCUAGAUAUCUACAUAACCUAAAAUUUACAAUUUUGUUUCAUUUUAUUCUCUGUUAAGUACAUUAAAUACUCAUGAUUACCUCGAGUUUAUAAAAGUUGUGGUGUGGAAUCAACGCCCAAUUAAGUGGCGUUUGUUGAGUGUAUUCUUGUGCAAAACAAAGUAAAUAUAAACGGCAAGCUGUGGGGUUCAGGGGCCUUUUUUUUGCCGCCGCAGGGGAUGUACUAUCCUGUGAGUAACGGCAAUGUCAUCGAUACAGGAACACCUACCCUACUGCACAUGGUGGGCACGGGGAUGGCGGCCCCGUUCCCUGCGGCGGCGGCGGCUGCGGCGGCCGCGGCGCAGUUCGCGGCCAACGGCGAGCUCAACGUGAAGGCGGACAACGGGCCUGCCGCGCCGCCGCAGCCCCCGCUCGUCAAGAGCGAGGGCCCGCCCCCGCAGGCGCCCCUCCCGCCGCCGAACAACUUCUCACCGCAGCCGCCGUCACAGCCACACACACAGAACUCAAUAGAAAAUCAAAAUAAUACCUCACAAAGCGAAGGGGAGUCCAACGACGAGAGCACACCAGUGAGCGUGGCAGCGGCCGCGGCGGUGGCGCAGCAGGCGGCGGCGGCGCACGCGGCGGCCGCGGCCGUAAGCGCGGCCGUCGCCGCCGGCGCCGCGCCGCCCGCGCCGCCCGACAAGACGCUCGUGCCCGUCUCGCAGGCCUCGCAACCGAAGCGGCUCCACGUCUCCAAUAUACCAUUCAGAUUCAGAGAUCCUGAUCUUAGAAACAUGUUUGGGCAAUAUGGCACAAUACUUGAUGUAGAAAUUAUCUUCAAUGAACGCGGCUCGAAGGGAUUCGGUUUUGUAACAUUCGCAAAUAGUGGUGAUGCGGAGCGAGCACGAGAGCGUCUUCACGGCACCGUGGUUGAGGGCAGAAAGAUAGAGGUUAAUAAUGCUACAGCGAGAGUGCAGACAAAAAAACCGCCUGCAGUUCCGAACGUGUGUGUCCAGUGGCCCGAAGCCCCCGCGGCGGCGCUCCGCGGCGCGGCCGUGCUGCGCGGCCGCUCACCGCGCCCGCCCGCCGCGCCCGCGCACCCCCACCCCCUCCACUCCGCCGUGAUGCCCCGCGCCGCCGCAUUCGCCUCGCAGUUGCACGCAUACGCACCCGUAUAUUACGACCCGUUCUUAGCUGCAGCUGCUACAGCUGACUCCAACUACAGACUCCAGGCGGCGAAGCCCGCAGCCGAGGCGGCGGCCGCAGCGGCGGCGGCGGCUGCCCCGCUGCUCAAGUCGCCGCUGACCACGGCGCAGCACGCGGCGGCGGCGGCCGCGGCCGCCAACUACGGCGCCGCCGCGCGCGCCGCCGCCGCCGCCGUCAGCGCGCAGCCCGCGCCCACCGCUCUCACGCCUUUAGCCGCCACGUACGGCAGGGAGUAUGCAGAUCCGUAUCUAGGCCACGGAAUAGGUCCGGUGACGGGAUACGGGACUGCCGUCUACAGAAGCGGAUACAACAGGUUCGCACCGUACUAAGCCAGUGGAACAAAGUAGAAUUUUAUUACUCGAAUAUGUAACUACCUUCGUCAUUUUUACGUAACAUGACAAUGAACUCUCUUUGUAAACGUACAAAAAUAAUUAUAGGUAUCAAUAAUAGUGCUAGCCGAUUACUGUUUAAGUGAGCUUGGAUAGCAGUCGAUAGGCCGGCGACGAGCCCCCGGGCCCGGAACUUAUGAAUACCAAAGUCAUUACAAUUUCUAACAGAAAUAGUUUAUUAAGUUGAACGGUAAUGUAAAUUGUGAGAGAUGCAUAUAUACAAGUGCGAGCAGCUAACGGAAAGCGCAUUCGUUCUUUUAGAUAUUUGUAAGAGUUACUAUUUUACUAAUACACGUGAGUGAAAAUUAAUACCUGCAUAUUAUUAAUGUACGGUAUUAUAGCGUAGUUGUUACAUUCAUACGAUUGACAAUAGAAUAUUUUCAUGUAACGAUAUUUAGUGAGCUUUGCACUUGCAUAUCAUAGUGAAUUGUAAAUAUUGAUUUCGAACACAUUUUACUACAUACUUUCAAUUUUGCUGAUCAUUAUGAAUAGGCUUUCCAAGUGUGUAGUGCGCUGCAAUUCAAUUUUUAAUGAACUGUUACUAAAGAGAUGUAUGCCGCGACCCAUUUCACGACUACGUGAAAUUAAUCGAGCGUGUAGUAAAACUGUUUUCAUCUAAAUUUCUUUCAUCGUGAAAUAUUAUUUUUGAUACUGUUUUUAUUUUAUCUGUAUUGUAUACGUAUAACCCUAAAAUUAAAGUUAAAGUUGUUUGUAUUCUAGUAUGGAAUACUCAUUCUCGUAUCUAAUUUCAGUACAUAGGUAGCUGUUUUGUAGUAUAUUUUAAUAACGUUUACAAUGUGGUGCGAACAGAUAUUGGUGCCAUUUAUUUGGUUGUUAUUUACACGUAGUCAUAAAUCUAAAUUGAAUAUUACUCGGCACUAUUACGUUGCAUAACGAGGUAUGUUACGCAAACGUUACAAACUACAGUAAUAAACGAUUAUUUUAAAAAGACAUUUUUAUAAAACGCAGUCAUGUAAAAAUGUCGCAAGCUUAAAGUUCCAAGAUGUUUCUGCCGCAUUUUUUCGUAGAUUGCAAAAGCAACAUAAAAUUUUGAUAUUUUUUGCUAUCGAAUUAUUAUCUAUAUCAAGCCCCAAGGUAGGUAAGAUAUGUUGAUUGAAACUGCGAUCCUCGCAUUCAUUCAGGUUGAGAAAAUUUGAGAAAGAAAUAAUCAAAACUGAAAUGAAUCAAAUUUCAAUCGCGAAGAUAGCAAAGAUUGCAUUAAACCAGCGAACGACAAAGUCCGAGUAAUAAGCUCUACCAUUGAUGGCCGUUUUCAUAACGCAAUGAAUUGAACACUGUCAAGUAGCCUUAGUAUGAGAUUUGACAUUUCACCAACGUUGAUGGAAUUCGAACAUCGAAAUUCGAAACACUUUAGCGCCAAAGUAAAAUGGGUCUUAAUUGCUUUGUUUUAUAAUUAGCUCAAGUUCGUCCAUAGGUACAUUUACAGCUAGCACUCAGAACGGAAACCUGGUGAUAUUCAAAUCGGUGGUACUAAAUUUUAACUUUAAUUAAAUUCAUCCAUUCUGACCAUUCCAUUUUAAAGUCAAAGUCACAAUCAUUUACUCAAAGUAGGUACAAUUGUACUCCUUUUGAUGGUCGAAAUUGUUAAACUCUCGAAUUUCAUUUUACUAUGUCGUUAUUUGACGUUUAUUGACGUUCGAAUUCUAUCAAUGUUUUGGUGAGAUUUAAAAUUUCAUACUAUCCACACUGUUCACUUUCUAUAAUAGAUUGGACUCCUUAGGAUAUUUUACUUUGGAGUCCUUUAGAGUGGAUCGACUUGUUUAUCGUCGUUAGUUCUAUAAUGUAAUUUUAUUGAAAAAAUAGUUAUAUCGCUUUAGAUGUAGUGUUUAAGUGAAAAGUACUCCAUGGAGUUCUUACAUAUCACUGAGAUUUCUCCUUGUAAUUAUGUUUUAAUACUACUAUAAUUACUGUAUCUAAUUAACACUGCUGUCUAUCUAUGAUACCUUCAUUUUAUGGAACAAAUAUGUGUACGGGUCCAACCCUUUAGACAUCGUAAUGUUUAGAUCUAACUUUUGCAUUAGGAUUGUAAAAUAUUGUAACAUCUAUGAAUUCGCUCAACGUUUAUACCAAAGCACAAAACCCAUCGAUUCAUACGUUCGCGGCGCUUUGCAUGUCAUUUAUUUCUUCUCAUUAGAUUUAAUAGUCUUUCAGUUAGGAAAAACUUAAAAAAUCUGCGAGUAGUUUAUUGAUAUAAUUUGGUCAAAAACAAAUUAGUAAUUACGCUCGUUUUAAUUUUAAUUUCGUUAUAUAGAGAUAGUUGGUGCCUGAAUAUACAUAUUUUGGUGUUCAAAUAUGUUACAGAAGAUCUGAAACAACUUCAGCUUAUGGUGUUGUUUGAUGUUUUUGCCGUUCCGGAGGAAACAAGCUCCUUCGUUGUUUCGUCUGAUCCGUCUUCAAGGGUUUUCUUUUCCCGUACAUUUUCAUGUAUCGUGGUUUACCGUCAUCAUGACAUAUCAAUAUAACCGCAUGUUGCCCGUGUUAAUAUUAUUAUCUUCGUUGUUAAUUCGUAAGACAGCGCGGUGCCGUCUACAAUAGCUUUAACUUGUAUAAAUAUAGGCAAACGUUUGGCUCGCUUGUUACUCUGAUUUACAAAAGAUAUUUGAAAUUAUACAUUCACCGGGCGGGCGACAUAACAUAUGUUUCAAUUUUUAGGAUUUCUAGUCUUUUUGCGCACAAUCAAUAUAGGUUUAAAGGUGCUUGAUAGUUACGAGAUACAUUCGUAUAUCUGAUUUAGAACUCGUAAGGUUUUAUUUUGUGUCAUAUUUUCUGAUCGCCGAUCUGGUAUUUCCCUCACCUAGUAGUGCCACUGGCUUUUUAUUUUAGGUUAAAUUUUAUUAUUAGGAUACGUAACUAUAGUCAUGUUGCAGCUUCGAACAAAACUUGUGCUUUAUUGCUAAAAUACUCAUGCGUGAAUGUAUCAUUUUAGGAUAAUUAGUUUUCCUAGUUUAUUAUUGAUUUUGUAGGCUUUUUGUAAUGCAAGUUUCUUUUUAAGUACAUAAACUGAAGUACAUGUGAUUCUUUAUGAUGAUUCUUUAUGAUGAUUCUUUAUGAUGAUUUUUUGAUGAUUUUGCUGAAAUCGACAAUGUCACAAACAUUUUUGUAAUCAAUUAUUAUUUUGCUAUAUUGUGCCAAGUAGACGCAGCGCAUUUUAGACAAGCACUGAAACAAACUCGAGGCAGGACGAGAUUAGAUUUAAGAUAAGCGAGCUCUCUGGCUGUCCCUGUCCAGCCUAAAAUCGCCUCGUCUACUUGAUUUUACCUUCUCUCUAGAUCAAUGCUGAUUUUUACAUUUGUUAUUGUUUCAUUUUUUACGUGAUUUUCUUGGAAUAUAAAAUAUAAAUCAGAAUAUACGAAAUGAAUUAUUAAUAUUUUAGGUGUUUCAUAAUCUAAGCCAAAUUGUUGUUACUCGGAGAAAAAUCUGAAUUUAAAUGACAUAUCUGACAAAAUGGUUAGUGUGCUACAAUAAGGUUUUGAAAAGAAUUCAUCAAAAUCAAUGUAUUAUAAAUAUAAUAAUCGUUAAAUUAAGGAUAAUAUUGUGUAUUUUGUAUCAACAAUUGUUUCUCGUUUUUUAUGAGAUGUUAAAUCAAUUCGGAACCGUUCAUUCUAUACCGCUGUGCACAAACGCGCGUGGCUGCCGUCGAGCCGCGCGCGCGACCGCCACGCUGUAAAUAGUGUUAUCGGCGACGCUGCCGCAUGUUGUGCGACUUAUUUGGACCUUAGGGGUUAUAUUGUUAACGUAGCGAGAUAAUAAGUAUCACUUGUUCGUCAAUUGCACUCAUCGACACUUCAGUUAGCGUAGUUUACUCAGAUUAGCAGGGUCAAUGUUAACGCGUGUCCAGGUAACUUUAUAGUUGGGAUCGUAGCCGUGCCGCCGAACUCAUGAUGUACGAUACUGUAAAUUAUACGGGCACGUCUACGAAUCUAAAUUUAAUUGAUUUACGUAGCGCAUUCCUAACGAAAGCACUUAUGACUUGUGCUUCGUUUAUUCGAGCUGAUGAUGUGGCAUUAUGUUACCGAAACAUAACCAAGGGCGAGAUAGGUACGUCCGAUCAAGAUAGUGAGUAGAAUCAACCGGAGCUCCGCGAGCUAACUCGAGUUAGCGUUUCCAUCGUUUGUUGUGGGCGGUUGGUCCGCUGGCUGUCGUGCGCAGAUCUGCCUGUCGCAACGCGAGCGUCACGCGACCCUGCAUAGACCAGUAUUUAGACACUAAUUACCGUGCUCAAUUUCCGUAUCUGUAUGUUGUACGUAUAAUGUUAAAACUUAAUGUUUUAAAAUUUUUUAUUAAACCUAAAUACCUAUAACGUUUGUUAUACCUAAUGGAUGUCUUCCGUUUGGCACAUUUUAUAGAAUCAAUGCACAUUAAUAUAGCGCGGAAGCCCAAACGCCGCUGGGCGAAUUUUUUCUUUUCGUGUUAUUGUCAGAUGUUUCGAGCCGAGUGCACAGCGACUUUUCUCUUGAGAUUUGUGAUAAAGUAAAUAAUGAAAUGAUUUUUUUCUUCUUUUUUUCGUAUGAAAAUUUAAUCAGAUAAUACAGAGCUGAUUUUAUCUGUACUAUUGUAAAUAUAUAUAUUUUUUUUUAAAUGGAAAAUGUUGAAUGAAGUAAAUCAUUUAAAGCCUUUGGCAUUGUGUACUCAUUUACGUUAUUAAUAAAUUAUAGUAUGAAUUGA